AUGCCGCAUGUUGAAGGUGUUUUUGGAAGGCAGGCCAACCCAGGCAACUGUGAGCCGUUGGUGGUGGUGUCACGGCUCGCAGCGAAGCUGUCGGUGGUGGCAUUAGUUGUGGUGCUUAGGUUUUUGGCCGGCCUUUCCGGUUCUCUCCUUUUUUCUUGCCUUUUGCGACUCGCAAGUUGCCAAGGUACUUAUGCCCUUCCCCGAAUUUUUGUCAGUAGUUUUCUUGUGUUUUACCGGCUGUCGGCGCUCUUGCGGCGUUUUUUUUUUUUGUUCCCUCCUGCUGUAAAGCUCUCCUUUUUCUUUUUGGGACCGUUUCUUUCUUUAUUUUGCUCUCUUUUGCAAUGCGUGUGCAUCUCACUCUCUUUUGCUCUGGCCACUUAUGCUGCAGACAGCUUUUUUUUUUUUUGCGUGGUUCCCUUUCUUCUUGGGUCGGCUGUUGUGGGGGGAGCUGCGGGGCGCGUAGAGGACAAGGGGGAGGCGGAGUCUGCAUGUAUUCCCUGCGGGGGGCAUCACGACGUGAGGGGGUCUUCUGACGCGCGUGAAUUCCCUCCACCAGAGAGGGGGAAAAUACCACAACUUGGCCUGGCCUUCAUGCAUGCAAACGAGCCGUUGAACGCCAGUCUCCAGCGACUGCUGCCGGGUCUGCAGAAUAACGCAACGGGGCGCGUUUUUGUGGAUGCCCUGCUAAGGUGCUGCCACGAGUGGGGCGUUAGCGCGGAGGCAGAGCUGUUGCUUUUGUUAACAAGCGAUUGCCCGUUCGUGCAGCGACACAUAGCGACGGUUGUACAACAGGAACAGAGGAAGCAGCCGUUUUGUCACGCUUCGGAAAUUCAGCAUUUUCUUCAGCAAGUGCUGUUGGCUCUUAGCACGCACCAUCUCCUUCGGAGGCAUAGAAUAGACUCUUUUGAGGUGCCAAGUCUUGACGCCGGCCUUGCAUCGAUAUCGCGAAGUGCUGAGAAUUUGCUUUGCACACCGGCUACCGAGGGGUUUACGCCGACCAGGGCGAUGCACGGCGGCUCCCUUUUCUUCACCACAGGGUGCCCAUCUAUAGACCACCUUCUUAGCGGCAGUAGCUGCGUAGCGGGGAAAGGCGCGUCAGAUGGUGGGUUUCGUGCUGGAUUUCUGUCCGAGGUGUACGGUGAGGCUGGCAGCGGGAAGACGCAGCUUGUUCUACAGAGCCUUCUUCAGUGUGUUGCAGAGCACCUGUGUGCACCGUGGACGCUGACAAACACACUUGCGCGUUGCUCUGGUAGAUCCACGACGAGAGGAGUGACGGCACUAUAUAUUUUCUCCGAAGACUUUCCGGCGACUCGGCUUGCGGCGCUGGCGGAAGGGGCUGUGAAACGGGCGAAGCAGAAGGUUCUCCGCCUCUCCUCGCACCUCCCGCCAGCGGCCGUUGAGCGACUCAAGGCGUCUUUGGAAGGGGCGGUGACAGCGAGGUCGGUUAUGACGGGGCUACACAUUCGCCGCAUGAGGACACUGAAGGAUCUCGUUUCUCUGCUCCGGGACGGCACCUUGUCGAGUGCGUUUCACGCCGCGGGUGGACGAGGAAUGGUGGCAGUGGACUCCAUUGCGGGGGCGGUUGCCGCAGGUGAUGGCGGGGGAGAUGAGGUGGCGGCGGAUGUGAUGCUGGCGGGGACGUUACUGAAAACGUUUGCGGUGCAGGAAAACGCCGCCGUGCUUGUCACCAAUCAGGUUCGUGCGGUGCUCUCCGGUGGGCUGCGGCAGCGGCGCGGUGGAAGUGACAUGGUGGUUCCUGCGCUCGGGAUGCAGUGGUCCUUGGCGCCGCAUGUGCGUAUUCAUCUUCAGCGUCUUCGAGGCGCGGGAAACAUGACGCGUCGGCAGCUCAUUGUGCUCUCCGGACCCUCAAACCCACCUGUGUGCGGUGGAUACACCAUUGAUACCGAUGGCAUUUGCGGCGAUUUAUGA